AUGCUGAAAAAACAACUCCCCACUGCCCGUCGCAUAGUCGUCGUCUCACAAGCAUUUUGCAGCCACUGUAACGCUAAACACCACCACCCCAUCAAGUUCAACCUUCCAUGGAGCCGUGGCUUCAAUUAUUGGGCCUCCGCCAUCAAGAAAGCCGCUUCCUCCUCUUCGCCUCAGGAAGCCCUCCGCCUCUACAACCGCAUGCGCCGCCUGUCCCUCCCUCCCGACACCUUCUCCCUCCUCUUCGCCCUUAAAUCCUGCACCCAUCUCUCCCCACAAACCCUCACCCUUCUGCGCCACCUCCACGCCCACCUCCUGCACCUCGGAUUUUCAUCGCACGUGCACGUUGCCACCUGUCUCCUCUCCGCCUACGCCCCCGCCGUUUUCCACGACGCCCGCCUCCUGUUCGACGAAAUGCCCCACAGAAACACCGUCACCUGGAACGUCAUGAUCACCGCCUACUCCCGACAACAGGGGGACCUCAAAACCGCCCGCGUCCUGUUCGACGAAAUGCCCUUCAGAGACCAGUCCUCAUGGUCCACCAUGAUUGCUUCCUAUGUCGAGCGAUCCCUCUGGAACAAUGCCCUUGCACUCUUUCGCCAAAUGACACACGGUGAACUGUUAAAUCCCGAUCGACUCACUGUGGGCCCGGUUUUGUCUGGAUGCAGCCGGAUGGGCUCGGCCGGGCUAGUAUUUGGAAAAUCCAUACACGGGUUUAUUUUCAAGAACAGGUGGGAGCUGACUGUGGAGAUCGGGACUUGUCUUGUCGACAUGUACGCAAAGUGCGGGCUUUUAAACAAGGCCCUUUCGGUUUUUGAGAUGAUGGAGAGCAGCAAUGUGGUGACGUGGACAUCACUUAUCUGUGGUGCAGCUCAGCACGGUUACUGCUCAGAAGCUCUCCAGAUGUUUGAGAAAAUGAGGGAACAAUGUGUGGAGCCGAACGAGUUUACCUUCACUGGAAUACUCACAGCCUGCGUGCAGGCUGGGCUUGUGGACGAGGGCCGCAUGUAUUUCGGGCUUCUUCAGCAUCAAUUUGGGCUGAGGCCCACAAUUCAGCACUAUGGAUGCAUGGUGGACCUGUUUGGCAAAACGGGACUGCUAAGAGAGGCGUAUGAGACCAUCAACAAGAUGCCGUUUGAGGCGAAUGUGGUGAUAUGGGGUUCGUUUUUGUCGGCUUGUAGGCUGCACAAGAAGUUUGAGAUGGCAGAGAAGGUGAUGGACAAGGUGUUGAAGAUGGUGAGGCCGGAGAACGAUGGUGGGGUUUUCUCACUUGUGUGUGAUCUGUACGCGUUGAACGGUAAGUGGAGUGAGGUGGAGAGAGUGAGGGAUUUGAUGGUCAGCAACAAUGUAAGGAAGGUUAGGGGAUCGAGUUUUGUCCAAAGUGGAGACCAGUGA